CAUCACCACCACCAACCGCCCAAAACCGCCAUCAUGGCGCCCAAACCGCCCCAAGGGCUCAAUUGCACCGCGCUCCACCCUCCGCCCUUCCUCCUCCCCCGCUCCACCUUCCGCGCUCAAUUCCUCCCCCAAUCAACCACCCGCACCAUUAAAUCAACCUUCACGCCGCGCCCCUCGCGCUUCGCCCCGCCCACCACCGGCCUGCCCACCCUCUCCGCCUCCUCCACCGCCGCGCUCGCCCGCAAAGCCGCAUCCAACACCCUGCCCCUGCGGCCCGGCGCGCUGGCCAUCAAGAAGGGCAUGACGGCCAUGUACGACGCCGAGUCCGGGAAGCGCACGCCCUGCACGGUGCUGCAGCUCGAGCGCAACGAGGUCGUCGCGCUGAAGACGCGCGAGCGGCAUGGAUAUUGGGCCGUGCAGGUGGGCGCGGGCUGGAAGCACCCGAGCAAUGUGACGCGGCCGAUGCUGGGGCAUUUUGCGCAGGCGGGCGUGAGCCCGAAGCGGUGGGUGGCGGAGUUCCGGGUGCGGGAUGAGGGGGGGAUGGUGGAUGUGGGGGGGAGGAUUGGGGCCGGGUGGUGGAGGGAGGGCGGGUGGGUCGAUGUGAGGAGUACGGGGAGGGGGAUGGGGUUUGCGGGGGGAAUGAAGAAGUGGGGGUUUAGCGGACAGCCGGCGUCGCAUGGGAAUUCGCUCACGCAUCGGGCGAUGGGGUCGGCGGGUGGGAGUCAGGGGAGUGGGUCGAGGGUGCUGCCGGGGAAGAAGAUGGCGGGGCGGAUGGGGAAUGAGAGUGUCACGGUGCAGAAUUUGAAGGUGUUGAAGGUGGAUGAGGAGAAUGGGAUUGUGGUGGUUACUGGUUGUGUUGGCGGCCCCAAAGGAUGUAUCGUCAAGAUUCAGGAUGCGAUCAAGAAGCCUUGGCCGGAAUUCACGAUGCCUCCGUUUACUGGGAAGAUAUCGGGAGCACCGGUGCUCGAGGCGGAGGUGGAAGCUGCGUGAACACAAAGGCGUGGUUGAGUGCGCGGUGGAAACAUACUGUACUAUACGGAUGAAGCCAGAUGGCGUCUAGAGGGUUCAUUGCAUUGGGAUGGAAGCGUCCUGCGUACCACAUACUUGUAUAUAUGCAGUGUAACAAAAUCAAGGUAGAGAUGUGGAAGAAAUUUAUCAAAGAGCUGGAACAGGUGAUAGCGCCAUGCUGUUCUUCAAGGUGAUUUUCUAGUCUAUCUCCUUAUAUACCUCUAUCCUAUUUCGUCUCCCGUCUCUCACAAAUCGUGAGCGAAGGAAUUCUGUUAAG